GAUUCCCAGGGCAACCGUUGCCACCGCAAAACACCCAAGUGAGUGCAUUUGUUUGUACUAUUUCUAUUUGAAUCCAAGUCUUUUCAUAGUCAUUAAAGUAAAUAUUUGAAAAGGAAGUAGUUUGCAUGUAAUUAAUUCAACUUGACUGUUUUGACAGUGUCAGUAGUAAGAAGAGAGCUUGGUUGUAAAAGUUAAGACAGAGCCUUUAGAAGUUUUUCGAUGCACAAGGACCGGACUCCACUGCUGGGGAAACACAAGGCACAGCCCUGUCUACGGAAUGAAACUUCCUGCUGUUUGCUUGAAUUCCACAGCUCUGUCUAUUCCUCGAUCCACACCUGUCCGCCAAAGUCGCUACCUUAUGGUCACUCCCCUGACAUUGCCCAUCAUCAUCUCACCUGCCUCGGCAGCACUGUCAGUCAGCCAGUCUGUCCCCAGACUGGACCCCCUCCAUCCUCCUCUGGCCAAUAGACGGACUGUCAGCCUGGAGACCCCUGCUGUGCAUCACCACAACCACCAGAGGGCACUGGUUAUGCAGAGAAAGGAGCACUAUAGGUAUCACCAAGUGUGGCGGAAGCCAUUCUACGGAUCCUGCACUGAAAGAGAGGAGUACAGAUUUUCCAGAUCGGAGGUACGUCAGCAGCUGAAGAGGCAGAUGGAGGAGAAGAGGGCGGGGCUGAUGCUGAAGUUGACCAGUAAGGCAGAGGAGGCUGAGUUUUUACAGGAAGUGGAUCGCUUGGCUCUGUCCAGUGAGAAACAGCAGAGGAUCCAGCACAGCAGAGCGAUGAGCCACUACAGAGAUGAGAACAAGAAGCUGAUGGAGCAGAGCUCCAGGGCACUGAUUCGCUCUCAGGAGGCCCUGAUGGAGAGAGAACUGCUACGCCACAACCCCAUUAAUUGGAGCGGCACACUGAAAUAGAAGCACACACCUGUUCACACAUUUUCUCUUUUUCCAUAGCUAGCUUUAUAGGGGACUUCACUAUUUUUAGGGUUAUUUAAUUAGGCAAGUCAGUUACGAACAAAUUCUUAUUUACAAUGACGGCCUACCCCAGCCAAACCUGGCUGGAAUCGAACCAGGGUCUGUAGUGACACUUCUAGAUGCAGUGUCUUAGAUAGCUCCUGAGUGGCGCAGCGGUCUGUUUCCUUAAAAUGGCUUUCAUCUAUCGCCUACAUGCAACAGCAGUGUUUUAUAGUAAGGUCUUCAGCAAUGAGCAGCAGUAGUUCAAAUUAAAUUGCUUUUAGUUCAUUUCAACAUGUCAAAUAAAAAUGGUGAAAGGAUAUUG